AAACAUCAGAAUUUCUAGAAACACAUUUGGUGGUCACGAAUAUUUGGUCUUCAUACAUACAACACACAAAGAGGCAGGUGAUUCACUUCUUGUGUGACCCAAUCUCUGGUCAACAUUUCCUGUUAUUUGGAAGAUAUCUAUGAUAUCAGCUUCUUUCAAAUGGAUCUCUUCACCCCUGAUACACAAAGAUUUUCCAAAGAAAAGGAAUGCAUCUUCAAGUUGAGUGGCCUUUUUAGCAGCCUAUCAGCUUUGGUGUUUGAAAUAGUCAUUAUCAGCAACCAAUACUGGCGUCUAUGGGAAUUUGAAAACAAUGUUGUGCAGUUUGUGUCCUUUGGACUUUGGGAAGCUUAUUACCCUCAAGAAUUUAACAUCUCAGGAACUCUAAUUAAUAUCCUGGUUCAUACACCUAUUGAUUCAACGUGGACCAUUUCACAUGAAUUUCAGUGUGCACAGAACCUUAUAGAAUGGGCUAUUUUUAUGAAGCCUGUAGUUCUGGUUUUCAGUGCAAUAGCUUUCAAGAUAAGCUGCAUGAAAGACCCAUUUCUAGAGAUCCAGAUAUAUUGCUACAAGAUCUCUGCCUUAAUUUUGGGAGUUAGCAGCCUCUUCACAUUUGUUGCUGUCAGCUGGAACCAUAUGGUAGAUCUUUAUGGUCAAACCACUCUUGAUUUUCCACCUAACUUCCCUGUCAAGAAAGAAGCCUUGAAAAGCAAACAUAUGACAGCUGUGUUCCCUAUAGGGGUCCUGACUGCAACCAUGGCACUUUUUGGUGUGAUAAUAUUUCUCUCUGAGAUAAGCUAUUUGAAACUACAGAGUAAAUUGAAGGCCAAAUGUGUUUCUAAAGUGGCCCUUCAAGAGGCCUGAAGUGAGGGCACCUGCAUUUCCAACAUCUGUCAGACAGCUCCUGGAAGAAAUUUCCAAUUGACACACAAAACUCAUGUAGUCAUUAACUUGUUCUAAUAAACCAUCAAUUUUA